GCCCAACGUUUUCCCUCAUUUCCUUUCUUUCUUUUCUACUGUCAGUCUCGCUUAUCCUGGUUUUGUUAUUAUUCAGGAAAGAUGUUACGCUUAUGACGUGGCGCUGCAGUCGAUGUGGUGGGUUAGUGCUUACGCGAGCGGCGUUGCCUGUGGCCGGGGCUUGCAGGCUUAAAGAGAUUGAACAAGAAACGUUGUGAGUAAUAAUGCUGGAGUACGAGCUUGGAACUGGGUUUGUCCGUGAUAUGUAGGUGUGAGGCGGUUAUGGUCUUAGUUUUGUACCAAAGGAAUGAAGUUGGAGGGGGUCAUUUGAAGAAUGUAUUCAUCGCCAAAGAGAGACCGCGAGGGUGCGAACAUGGGAGAAGCAGCAGAACCCUUCACCAUAUGGACAUUUCAUUAGCUGCAUGGCUUUGGAACGUGAUGGUGCAUUAAAAAUAAGGAAAAUUGUCUAAGUUUCGGUGGAUUUAGGUUUUGUAUGGCAGCAGUGUAACCGUGGAGAGGCCGGGGUAUCACAAGCUUAUGGAUUUUGAUAAGAGAGGAGGGAAGGGGGAGACUGAGGAAGGAAAAAGAAUGUCCAGGACAGGUGGAGGGAGGAGUGUUCACAGUGGCCGGACCUCUGGGACCAACUCUGGAGUCUUAAUGGUGGGUCCCAACUUCCGAGUUGGGAAGAAAAUUGGCUGUGGCAAUUUUGGAGAACUACGUUUAGGAAAGAAUUUAUACACAAAUGAAUACGUAGCUAUUAAGCUGGAGCCAAUAAAAUCUAGAGCACCCCAACUUCAUUUGGAAUAUAGAUUCUACAAACAGCUUGGAAACUCUGAGGGAAUUCCUCAGGUUUACUACUUUGGCCCUUGCGGAAAGUACAAUGCUAUGGUUUUGGAGUUACUGGGACCCAGCUUGGAGGAUCUCUUUGACCUGUGUGAUCGAAUGUUUACUUUGAAAACUGUAUUAAUGAUAGCAAUACAGCUGAUCACACGAAUGGAGUACGUACAUACCAAAAGUUUAAUAUAUAGAGAUGUGAAGCCAGAAAAUUUUUUAGUGGGACGACCAGGAAGCAAAAGGCAAAGCAUAAUUCACAUCAUUGACUUUGGCUUAGCUAAAGAAUACAUUGACCCAGAGACCAAAAAACACAUCCCAUAUAGAGAGCACAAAAGUCUGACUGGAACAGCACGAUAUAUGAGCAUCAAUACACACCUUGGCAAAGAGCAAAGUCGGAGGGAUGACUUGGAAGCAUUAGGGCAUAUGUUCAUGUACUUUUUACGAGGAAGUUUGCCUUGGCAAGGUCUAAAGGCUGAUACAUUAAAGGAAAGAUACCAGAAGAUUGGGGAUACCAAAAAAUCUACUCCAGUAGAAGUACUUUGUGAAAACUUUCCAGAAGAAAUGGCCACAUAUUUACGUUAUGUGAGGCGGCUAGAUUUUUUUGAAAAACCAGACUACGAUUACUUGCGGAAGCUGUUUACAGACCUCUUUGACCGAAGUGGUUUUGUGUUCGACUAUGAAUAUGACUGGGUCGGCAAAACACUACCAACACCGAUUGGUCCAAUGCACAGUGACAUACAGUCGCAGCAAACCAACAGAGAAAAACCACAACAGCCCAAACACCAGAUGAUGAACUCUACCAAUGGCGAGUUGAAUCCAGAUGAUCCUACAGCAGGGCACUCCAAUGCACCCAUCACCGCUCCCCCAGAAGUGGAAGUGACAGAUGAUACAAAAUGCUGCUGUUUUUUUAAACGAAGAAAGAGGAAAACUGUACAGCGCCAUAAGUGAUUACCCAGGGACUUCAUAGGAUUUUACUGCAGAGCAUUUUUUGUGACUACAAGUAGUCAUGUCUGUGGCAAUUGCCUUUCCCUGCUUUAAGGGUGCACCAGUUGGAAACCUGUCUUUGUCGGCCUCCUUGGGCUGCAGACAUUUGGAUUCCUUUUUAAUGCCAUAGUGGUUUACUUGCAGAACUGAGAGACUGCAAUAUUUCUACGAAGACAUUUAUCUUGCAAUCUACGGAAGCAUUAACUAUUUAAAAGUAAUUUUUUUUCAAAAUAUAUAUAAAUAUAUUAUUAGUUUGAGAAAGGGGGAUCAAAAAGACUAAUGAAUCUUAAAUGGAACUGAAGACAAAUUCAUCAACAAAGGAUUUUGGAAGAUUUUAUAUUUGUUUUGUUUGUAAGUUAAGUUAAAUGUUGUGCUUUGAUCCAGAAUGAAUCAGCCUUCGACAUUCAUCCUUAAGUGUUCAGGGAAUUCAGACAAAUUUCAAAGAACUGUUUCCGUUUACCUUUUUUCCCCUUAUUUUGUAUUUUUUUUCCUGGUCAAUGUUAAAUGUAGCUAGCACAGUGUGUUGCCUGAGGGACUGCAGAAAAGUGGGAGCUUUUUUUUUUUUUUUGCUUCAGCUGUGAUUUUCUGUUUGGUCACAGUGCAUGGUAAUAUCCUUUGAGCUGGAGGAGCUGGCAAGAGUUUUGCAGAAUCAGUUUCAUUGACGAGGGUAGUUAAGUACCAUAUGGUCACAGCUACUUAAUGGAAAUCCAGAUAUGUCUUGUGGUCCAGAAUGUAGAAACUAGUAGUCAUUUAUUUUAUCUAGCUAAGACUUUCAGUCUCUUGGUAAUGCCUUUUUACUCAGGAUAGAUAUAAGAAUCUGGGACCCAUAGUGCUAUAGGCAGUAGUGGUCUGUCUAGAUCCAGGUUCCAUGCUCCUCUUCAUUUUUCAUCACUACUGUGUCAUCAUUGCUGGUAUUUCCUCAUUCGACGCCACAAUGCCUCACUUUACAGAACAAUUUGCUAUUGGUUUCCACAUUUAAGGAAACAUUUAAAAUAAACUGUGAAGUUGGAUAAAACAUGAAAAGCUUUUCUUCAUAACUGUAGACUUUGUUUUCAGUGUCAUUAAUAGAUAUACGAGUCUAGUUACUGUACGUGGCAACCGAAGCAAGUUACCUGACCAGUUUUGUGAUAUGUGAAUUUCAAAUGGGAGAUAGUAGGACUGCACAAUAUAACAGAGCCUGUUUCUGUUCACAUCUUGUAUAGGGCACCGCCUAAAUUCUGCCGGUUUUGAUAAGUUUCAUUAAGAAAGAACAGGCACUAAGCACUGAAUUCUAAAGUUGUCUUACAGGAGAAUAGGGUGAGUGAUGCUCUGAGUGUUAUUUUAUUUCUUCCCCUAGUGGUAGGAAAGGACUGUUUUAAAACUAAGCUUGAGGAUUUGCUUUUGAUGGGCAGUCCCAUCUGGUUUACAGGUGCCUCUUGUAAUUUGUUGAGAAGGCUUUCCUGUUUCAGUACCACAAAUGUUUAUACAUCUGCAUGCAAAGUUAGAAAAGGUUUUAGUUGCCUGUUUGGAUGUGGUUAUAUUCUGUUUUGAAAGAGAUAUCAGUUUUGUUACGGCUUUGUAGAUGGAGAAGGAUAGUUGCUGCAUUUGAACAUUCUAGAAGGUAUCUGUGGUAGUGGACAACUUCAUUUGGUUAUUCCACCCUCUGAAGAUUUACGAGUUAUGAUUAUGAACGUAAACAGCACAGUCUUUGACAUUUGCUUCUCAUGGACAGUGAAAUUUAUCAAUUUUCACACACCGCAUAGUGGCAUGCCGUUUUAUUGGUAGAGGAUUACAAGUGAACAGGAAAUUUGCUUUUACAUGAGUAAUACAUUUUAGGUGUGUGUGUUUUGUGUGUGUACGUGCGAGUGAGCAUGUGAGGGUUCAGUAGCAUAUUUAUGAAGACUGUCUGCUGCUGUUUGACUUAUGUUGUAAAUGCUUAAUUGUUUUUCACCUCUUAGCUGACCAUCAGCUGCAACAAGCUCCUCUCCUUAUUUACUUCCCCCAGGAAUAGUUUGACCCCUGUCUUGGGCUGGUGAGGAGAUCAAGGAUGCUGGUGCAGCAUCAUACUGCUGUUGCUGGUGGAGUGUUCCCUAAAUCAUGUUUCCUCAUGGCAGCCUUGCCAACUCCACGGUUGCUGCCACUCAGAGGUGCAUGCACAGCUUGUUAACUAAGCAGGUCACCUCUCGUGUAGCAUGGAGCUGGCCAAGCUUGUGUGCUACACAUUGCAGUGAGCCUAGGUUGUCUCCCUCCAACUAGGAUGGGUGAGCCAACACUGCAACUCCUAUACAUCUCCUCCUAUGGCUUCUUCAGUGCCUGUGCAGAUCAUUGAACAUGGGUUAUCUGGAAUGAAGUAAACGCUUUAUCCUUCUCUGCCACAGGGCCCAUGUUGUAAGUGCUUAAUUUUUAGCCUUAGUCUGGACAGUGAUUAAUGCAGUUUGAAAGGUUUUGAAUAGGGUGACUGCUGCAUUCUAUGGGUUAUAAGUUGUAAUUUACAGUGGAGAUGUGGUACAACUUCAAGCAUGGGGAGGGGUGGAAGACAUGCUGUUUAAAAGCUCAAAUCUUUUCAACUUUCUGCUUUCACUGGAGCAGCAACAAGUUCCACAACAAACAUGAAAAAAAUUGUAGCUUCUGAUCUGGUAGGAUGAAGUCCAUUCUCAUCAACCAGUAAGACAUACUGCAUACUUUCAGCUUAGCGUCUUAAACAUCCCCAGGUUUCUAGCCCCUUCCCCUACCAAUAAUGCUAUUCAGCAUAGUUUCUGAUUCUGAUCUCUCGUCACUCGUGAAGCUUGUGUCAGAGAUUAAAUUUUGCAUAAAAAGUUUGUAUUUCCAAUAUUUUGCUGUAUUUAUUUCUUUUCUGUUGUUGAUCAGUUGAUUUUUAAUUCAGGUCAGAACAAUUCAUUUUUUCCCCAUUUAGGCACUUUUUUUUUUUUUUUUUAACUCUCUCCCUAGGCCUUGGUGUUUUUCAUCAUGUAUCAGCACUUGUUGGAUAAUUUUUUGUCUUUAGACUUGUUCCUGGAUUAAAAAAAAAAAAUUACAUGUUUUUAGUUUAAUAACUUGAUUUCUGAGCUAAUUGGUUACCUUACUGUGUAUCUUCCUCAAAAUGUUCCCUUUUUCCAUUUUUUUUUUUUUUAAUAUAUAUCAGAACUUCUGUUGCACCAUUAGUAUCAGCAUGUUCUGGUGUUCUCUGUUCAGUGCUGGUUGUUUCUUUUGUAAUGGAUAGUAAAGUCAUUAAAAAUGCGCUGUGUGUGGACCUAA